AUGCCUGAAAUAUCAUCAUCUGAAGAUACAGAAGCUGAAAUAGAAUAUAUUGAAAGUGGCGAAAGCGAAUGGAACGAAGAGACUGAAUCAAAUACCUAUCAAGGAGAAAUACUGGAAAAACAAAAUGAACGUAAAGCAAUGGAUAAAAAGAAGAUUUCAGUACAAAGGAAGAGAAAACGAUCUAUUACGGAAGAUAGUAAUUCUGAAUCAGAGUUGCCUUUGACUCAAAUAGCACAUUCUAAUAAAGUUAAAAAUGCUAAAAAGGAUAUCAACAAGGGUUCUUUUGUCAUCAUUAUGUAUGAGGAAUAUGUUGAUCCUUUCAUUGACCACUGUUAUAUCCAAAAGAUAAAACAUAUGGACCACACAUAUUCUCAAUCAAUGGACAGCAGCUUCCAGAGUAACCUAAACAUAUUAGAAGGUCCAAUAGGCCAACCAUUGUUCUCUACCCCAAAAAGACUGGUAGCAGCCGGUUACUGCAGAAAAUAUUGUAUCUUACUCCAAAUUGUAGAAGGUUGUACAUAUAUAGAAUACAAGAAGUCAAGACAACAAUGA